AUGAAAACCGCGCAGAAGAUGCCAAUAAAAUGGAUGGCGCCGGAAAGUAUUACAACUUAUACAUUUACUCAAAAGACUGACGUCUAUACGUUUGGGGUAAGUAAUGGCAAAUUUGAAUUAACGACUAUCUAG